UCACCAUCUGCAAACAAGAGGUGCCUUGAGGAACCCCAAGUCGCCCCAAUGGCCAGGAAGGGCCAAGGGGGGCUCGGCCCGCAAAAGCGGCCCCGCCCAACCCGGAAGCGCCUCUCCGCUUCCCUAAGCCCGCCCCCACGGGUGAGCCACGCCCCUCCCGGAAGUAUUCCAGUCCCGAAGCCCGGCCCGUCCGAAAAACCCGUCCCCGGAAGACACGCCCCUCUCGAAACACCCGCCCCCUGAGGCCCGCCCACCUGGAAGGCCUGAGUCAGGCUGAGGCCGCGGUGCCGCAUGAGGGAUGUCUCAGAAGCCUCUGAGAAGGAAGAGGAGGAAUCUGAGGGCCCGCUGAGGGUGCAGGACCUGAAGGAGGCCCAUCUGCAGCUGGUCCAGGGUGUACAGGAGUGGCCGGAUGGCUGUGUGUACCGGGGGCAGUUUGGGCUGAACACGAAGCUUGGAUAUGGCGAAUUCUCUUGGCCCACGGGUGAGAUGUACCACGGGCAGUUUUACCGGGACCACUGCCACGGCCUGGGUACCUACACGUGGCCAGAUGGCUCCAGUUUCACGGGCACGUUUUACCUCAGCCACCGGGAAGGCUACGGCGCCAUGCGCAUGAAGACGCGGCUCUUCCAGGCUGUCCAGAACAGUUGGUUAGACAUGGACAUAUAUCUUUAUUUUCACUUGGAUAAAUACUCAAGAGUGGGGUUGCUUGUCAAAACAGGGCUAUACAAAGCGGACCAGCGGUUCGGGCCAGGCGUGGAGACCUACCCUGAUGGCAGCCAGGAUGUGGGGCUGUGGUUCCGGGGGCACCUCAUCAAGCUGUGCACCCAGAGCCCCGGUGGCUUCUCCCUCCUCAGCUACCCCGAGUUCUCCAGCUUCCUCACCCACAGCCCUGCAAGGGUCAGCCUCUCAGAAGAGGAGGAGGCAGAGCAGGGACUGCAGGAGGGACAGGACCCCUUUUUCUAUGAGUACAAGCGGCUUCUUCUCCACGACAACCUCACACUGCCUCCAGAGAUGUACGUUUACUCCACUGACAGUGAGCACCUGCCCAUGACCAGCUCUUUGCGCCAAGAGCUGGACGCCCGCAUCUUCCUCAGUGACAUCCCUCCGUUCGUUGAGGAUGGAGAACCCUGGUUCAUAACCAACGAGACCCCUUUGUUGGUCAAAAUCCAGAAGCAAACUUACAAGUUCAGGAACAAGCCAGCUCACACAAGCUGGAACAUGGGUGCCAUCCUGGAGGGGAAGCGCAGUGGCUUUGCACUCUGUGGGCCCAAAGAGCAGCUUGCCAUGGAGAUGAUCCUAAAGGCUGAGGAAGGGAACCAUGACUGGAUUUAUGGGGUCCUGAAGGACAACUUUGCCAGCGCUGACGUGGCGGAUGCAAAGGGCUACACCGUGCUUGCCGCGGCUGCUACUCACUGCCACAACCACAUUGUCAACCUUCUCCUGGACUGUGGGGCCGACGUGAACAAGUGCUCAGAUGACGGCCUCACGCCGCUCAGCAUGUGUUUCCUCCUCUACUAUCCUGCCCGGUCCUUCAAGCCCAACAUUGCUGAGCGGACUGUGCCCAAGCCCCAGGAGCCUCGAAAACUUCCAGUUGCUCCAAUCCUUUCAUCAUUGCUCAUGGACACAAACCUGGAGUCUCUGAACUAUGAGGUGAACGUGCCCUCGCAGGGUAGCUAUGAGCUGAGGCCACACGUCUUGGGCAGCCAGGAGUGCGGCGUCUCCCAGGGCACCAGGCAGUCUGGGAAUUCUGUGGACCGGAGGAGCAGCUCUCUGAAGGGGGACUCACCCUUGGUGAAGGGCAGCCUCGGCCACAUGGAGAGUGGGCUCGGGGACACGCUGGGAAACACAGACCAGUGCACUCCGUGCAGCGCCGACACGAACCUGGAGUCCAACGUGUGUGUGUGCAGCUUCCCCAUCGAGCUCUCGCAGGCCAUGCUGGAGAAGAGCGCCCAGUCCCACAGCCUGCUGACGGCCUCGCCCUCGCUGUGCACCAGCAGCUCCGACAAAGGGACCAUACGGAGGAUGGCGCUGUCCAUGGUUGAGCGGAAGAGGCGCUGGCGGACCAUCCAGCUGCUGCUGCGCCGCGGCGCGGACCCCAACCUGUGCCGCGUGCCCACGCAGGCCCUGUUCCUCGCGGUGAAGGCCGGCGACACGGACGGGGUGAGGCUGCUGCUGGAGCACGGCGCGCGGACCGACAUCCGAUUCCCCCCGCAGCUGGGCGCCCUGACACCACUCCACAUCGCCGCAGCCCUUCCUGGGGAGGAGGGUGUCCGGAUUGUGGAGCUGCUGCUGCACGCCAUCACCGACGUGGAUGCCAAGGCAGCCGACGAGGACGACACUUACAAUCCCGGCAAGGUGGACCUGCUGCCCUCUAGCCUGAAGCUCAGCCAUGAGCCAGGCCCUCCCCGAGCCUAUUACGGCGCGCACACACCCCUCCCUGAGGACGGGGGCAGGACGGCUCUGCACGUGGCCUGUGAGCGGGAGGACAGCAACAAGUAUGCCAGGGACAUCGUCCGGCUCCUUCUGUCCCACAGAGCAAACCCUAACCUGCUGUGGAGCGGCCACUCCCCGCUCUCCCUCUCCAUUGCCAGUGGGAACGACCUGGUUGUGAAGGAGCUCUUGACCCAGGGAGCUGACCCCAACCUGCCCCUGACCAAAGGCUUGGGCAGCGCCCUGUGUGUCGCCUGUGACCUGACGUAUGAGCACCAGAGGAGCAUGGGCAGCAGGCUGGCCCUGAUUGACCGACUCAUCAGUCAUGGGGCUGACAUCCUGAAGCCUGUGACACUCAGGCAGGGGGAGAAGGUGGCAGUGGGUACAGCCGUGGACUAUGGCUACUUCAAAUUCUUCCAGGACCGGAAGAUUGCCCACUCCCCCUUCCACACACUGAUGCCGGCGGAGCGUGAGACGUUCGUGGCACGGAAGCGGCUCCUGGAGUACAUGGGCUUGCAGCUGAGGCAGGCGGUCUUUGCCAAGGAGAGCCAGUGGGACCCCACGUGGCUGUACCUGUGCAAGAGAGCGGAGCUGAUCCCCAGCCACAGGAUGAAGAAGAAGGGCCCCAGCCUGCCCAAGGGCCUGGACGUGAAGGAGCGGGAGCAAAUUCCCUUCUUCAAGUUCUGCUACCAGUGUGGCCGCUCCAUCGGGGUCUGCCUCCUGCCCUGCUCUCGCUGCUACGGGAUCCUGACCUGCAGCAAAUACUGCAAGACCAAGGCCUGGACCGAGUUCCACAAGAAGGACUGUGGGGACUUGGCGGCCAUGGGGGAACGCCUGGAGGAAGCUUCCAGGUGGAGAGAAGAGUCUCAGUGAAGCAGCGUCUGCACUGCACGCCCGAGGCCUGGGGAGGACCCAGGACUGCGCGUUUCUCACCUGCCUGGGGGCUCUCCAGUUCCUGCGGGCGUUUCUGCUCCUUUAGGGCCGUGCUUUGUAGCAGUGUCUCCUUUGCGACCUCAAAAUAAAUUGACCCCACGGGGUGUUUUUGACAGU